AUGGCGGGAGUGAACGGUGACCGUAAAGGAAAGAAGGAUGACAACGGCAUGGGCACGGCCGUUGACUUUUUGCUCUCUAAUGCCAAGCUUGUGCUUGGGGUCGGAGGAGCUGCCAUGCUUGGCAUUGCAACACUAGCAGUCAAAAGAAUGUAUGACCGUGCCAUAAGUGCUCCGACCAGCCCUACUAAGAUGGAACCAUCAGGGAAAAGGAGUUGGGAAGAACCAAGCUGGAUGGGCUCGUCACCACGGGUACUUAACCACGACAUGAGGUCAACAGUGAGCAGGUCACUGCAGACUCUACCCACCUCCUCCAACUCCUUUGAACCAGACUGCAUGCGGAGGGCGGCGGGGCGGGGACGUAGCGCUGCAGGUGAGACCGACCUCUUCCGGGCCAGGAUGCGCCUCUCCCUGCAGGAGAAACUGUGGGAGUUCUACCAGGAGCGUGUGGCCAUCCCCGCUGAGGAGCAGGCCACAGCCCGCCGGGCUGCCCUGGACAUCUGCGCAGAGCUGAGGAUCUUCCUGCACGCCAAGCUGCCCGACAUGCCUCUCCGAGAGAUGUACCUCAGCGGCAGCCUCUACGACGACCUGCAGGUGGUGACAGCGGAUCACGCUCAGCUCAUGGUCCCUCUGACCUUGGAGAAGAACCUGUGGUCGUCAGUCCCCGGGGAGGACACCAUCAUGAACGUUCCGGGCUUCUGGCUGAUUCGCAGGGAGAACCUGGAAUACUUCCCCCGAGGCAGCAGCUACUGGGACCGCUGCAUGGUAGGUGGCUACCUCUCCCCCAAGUCUGUCCUGGAGGUGUUCGAGAAGCUGGUGGCGGGCUCCAUCAACUGGCCGGCCAUCGGCAGUGUUCUGGACUACGUGAUCCGGCCGGUGGUUCCUUCUGAGACGCUCACCCUGGAGGUCCAGUACGAGACAGACCGCCUUCUUUUCGUGGACUUCCUGCCUCUGCUGGUGAUGGACGACGGUGCCUCGCUCAUCGCCAAGCCACACAGGCUGGCUGCGGAGCGCCAUGAAAACCUGUGGCGGCAGAGCUUCCGUGUGGCGGAGACUGCGCGCCUGCGGGCUCUGGACCAAGAGGACGGGGGCUGCCGCUGUGCCUGCCUCAAGGUGACUAAAGCCGUGUGCAAGCUCAACCCGGCCCUAGCGCGCCUGUCGGCCAGUCAGCUGACCAACACCAUACUGCUAUUGAGCGAGAAGGAGGGCGACUGGACCCAGGAGGCGCUGGCUGACCGCUUCCUGCAGUUGCUCCGCUCUCUAGUGGGACACCUAGAGGCUGGGAGGCUCCCCUGCGCCCUGGUCCCCAAAGUCAACCUGUUCUGUGAGCUGACGCCAGUGGAGGUGGAUGAGCUAGGAUAUACCCUCUACUGUUCCCUCUCUGACCCAGAGGCACUCCUAAGGACUCCUCAGUCUGACUAAGUCUGGUCAUGGGUUCGAGGGUUUAGGACAGAUGGUAUAUAAUUCUAAGAUUCCAUACUGCAGAAGAGGAUAGGAUAUGUAAUUCAUAUGCGCUUCAGAUAUGGACCAUGUCCCCUGUGAUCAUGUCGCUGUGUGAUUGAUUCAACAUCGCGUCUCUGGAGUCCCGGUUUCAUCAAUCGAUAUGUUUCUCUUGUACUUUUUAUUUGUGUAAUUGUGUUUGAUAAAGUAGAAAUGCAAAAUCAACCACUUUAGUAUGGGGGUUUAACAAUGAAUACAGGAUCAUCCAAAUACCAGUUAAACCUCAGAUGAUGAAACCAGUCUCUUCAUAUGGUCCCUAUGCUGCACGUAAGCCGUUUAUAAGUAGUACUGUUCAGAGGGGUAUACUUUAAAGCAUGAUCAAGGAGUUGGCCAACUAACUUGCCUAGAUAUCCUGAAAUAACUUCAAAUGGGCUUGGUCUAAUUGACUUAACAAGUUAUUUCUGUUUGUUUAUCAAAGUUGAAACUGUUUUGUAGUAUACCCCUUGGGUUAGGACUCUGUUUGUUGAAUUGGGGAUUGUUUCAUUGGCUAAUAUUAUGUAGCCAGUUUGGAUUGAAUUGUGUCGGGGGGGGGGGAUAUAUAUUCAUUCUAAUUUGUGGGAAUGGAAAUUGGGGUUUAUUUGAAAGCUAUUUUGGUGGCUCCAUCCUCAGAUUGCAGGUCUUUCAAACACAUAUUAUGAUGGGUAACAUUAGUUUAAUGCUAGUUAAUAUCAUGUCUGAACAGAGGCAUGAGAAAGAUCUCUCAGAACAAGCCUCCAUAAUCGGCAUUAUUGUUCUCGACAUUUCUAGCUUACUAUUAAGCUGAGACUUGGAGGCAGGUUGCUUCUUACACUCUGCCAUGAGAUGCCAGUUCAGAUGGAUGGAUAGUUUGGUGACAGCGUCAACACUGUCGCCCCUAACAAGGUAAAUGGUCUUAAGCACUGUUGUGGUCCACUAGGAAAUAAGACCAGUGAAACAUGACAGGGGUUUGUUCUUCUACUGCAGGGUACUUAUAGUACUGUAGCCUGGUAUCGUACAGUUUGUGCUGUAGCCAACUCUUCUCGGUGUCGUGUUUGACACGGCAAGGUUAGAAGAGUUAGAAAUGUAAAGAGUUGCUUACAGUGCAUACAGUAUGGGACCAGGCUACACUUAGCCUACUCUACCGCUCUAACUGUGUAAAUGGAUAGAAUGUAAUGGUUACCAUGUGAGCCGCCGCGAAAGCAAAUAAAUUAUUGUGGUACGACUGAAAUCUUGACAUUCUUGAGUUUAAAAAAAAAAAAAAAACUAUUUUUCUAGAUUUCUUGAAGUGAGUUUUUGAAUUUGGUUCAAGUUAUAGUUCUGAAAUUGUAGCAAACUUUGCAAGGGUGGAGGCUGCUGAGGGGAGGACGCCUCAUACUAAUGACCGGGGUGGAGUGGUGUCAAACACAUUCAUGUGUUUGAAUCCAUUAACUGCAUUCCAGCCAAUAUACUCCGUUCCAGAUGUUAUUAUGAGGCAUCCUCCCAUCAGCAGCCUCCAGUGGUGGAAACGCCCACUAUAAAGCCUAAUGUAUAAAUCAUAUAGGUUUCCUAUCUUCAUGGGAUUUUAAGUUGCGGAUGAUUUGUGUUUUCUAAGACUCCUCCCACAAAGUUGUUGAAUGAAAGAACGUUGCGAAAUAAGAAUAUAUAUAGUUUUAUGUUAGGAAUGUGUGCCGUUUGCAUGAAUAAGAAGAAUACCAAUGUAGAAAGUUAAUCAUACGUUGGGUUAUUGUUAUACACCUCUGUACUGUCUGUUUAUGACGUCAAGUAUGUCUUGUGACGUUAAGAUAAAAUACUUGACCUAUAUGUUCAUUCAUAGGUCUUUGUUGGUUAAAACUGGUUGUUGCAUACAUUUGUAUGAAACAAAUCUGGCAUGACUUCCUCCCACUCAUAACACAAAAUGGUUGGUGUGCUUUUUUUUCAAAUGAAAUUUUGCGAUAGUUGGGAUGUUAAGCUGAGAGCAAAUUUAUCAAAGACAGAGCACCUCUGUCAGUUGCUGUGGAAAAAAUGUUUCCAGUUGUAAAUACAGUAUUUGUCAGUUUCGUCUUUCAGGUUUGGUCUUGCUUCAGUGGCCCCUACUGGUAUAAGGUAACUGUUGCUCAGUCAUGAUAUAUUGUCUUCAGAAAACAUUCAUACUCAUUUGUUACAGCCUCAAUUUAGAAUCUAUGAAAUAUAUAUAUUUUUCUCACCCAUCUACAGAUAAUACCCCAAAGUGAAAACAUGUUUAAGAAAAUAUAUUUUAUUUAACUAGGCAAGUCAGUUAAGGACAAGUUCUUAUUUACAAUGACAGCCUACCGGGGAGCAGUAGGCUAACUUCCUUGUUCAGGGGCAGAAUGACAGAUUUUUACCUUGUCAGCUUGGAGAUUUGAUCCAGCAAUCUUUCGGUUACUGGCUCACCGCUCUAACCACUAGGCUACCUGCCUCCAAGCUGACAUAUGACAGAAAUAUGUCAUUGACAUAAGUCUUCACACCCCUUGGUCAAUAUAUGUUAAUCACUUUUGGCAGCGAUUACAGCGUUUGUCAUUCUAGUUAAGUCUCUUAAGAGCUUUGCACACCAGGAUUGCACAUUAUCUGCACAUAAUUUUUUAAAAUUCUUCAAGCUCUGUCAAGUUGGUUGUUAAUCAUUGCUAGACAGCCAUUUUCAAGUCUUGCCAUAGAUUUUCCAAGACAGUUUUAAGUCUACUGUGUCUAGGCCACUCAGGAACAUUCAAUGUUGUCUUGGUAAGCACCACCAGUAUACAUUUCGCCUUGUUUUUUUAGGUUAUUGUUCUGCUGAAUUUGACUGUCUUAUGGAAAGCAGACUGAACCAGGAUUUCCUCUAGGAGUUUGCCUGUGCUUAGCUCUAUUCUGUUUCUUUUUUAUCCUAAAAAAAAACUCCCUAGUUCUUGCCGAUGACAAGCAGACCCAUAACAUGAUGCAGCCACCACUAUGCUUGAAGAUAUGAAGAGUGGUACUUGGCAACGGGUUGUUGGAUUUGCCCCAAAUAUUACACUGUGGAUUCAGGACAUAAAGUUGAAUUCUUUGCCAAAUUUUUUGCAGUUUUGCUUUGGUGCAUUAUUGCAAACAGGAUGCAUGUUUUGGAAUGUUUGUGUUCUGUACAAGCUUUCUUUUCCUUCUGUCAGUAAGGUUAGUAUUGUGGAGUACCUACAGUGUUGUUGAUCCAUCCUCAGUUUUCUCCUAUCGUAGCCUCUUAACCGUUUUAAAUACACUUUGGAUGGUGUAUCAAUGGUGUAAAUAAUAACUUCACCAUGCUCAAAGGGAUUUUCAAUGUCUGCUUUUUUUUAAUUUUUUUUUUUUAUGUACCCAUCUACCAAUAGGUGCCUUUCUUUGCGGGGCAUUGGAAAACCUCCCUGGUCUUUGGUUGAAUCUGUAUUUGAAAUUCCCUGUUCGACUGAGGAACCUUACAGAUAAAUGUGUGUGGAUUACAGAGAAGAGGUAGUCGUUCAAAAAGCAUGUUAAACACUUAUUGUGCACAGUGAGUCCAUGCAACUUAUGUGACUUGUAAAAUAAAACAUUUUACUCAUGAAAUUA